GAACCCCACGCAAACCCCCGUGGCGCGACCCUGCCCUAAUCGCAGCGACCGCUCUCUUUCUUUGGCGACUGCGGCGUCUCCUCAGUGAACGACGGCUGCCUUCCUCUCCAUCGGGAAACAGCGACAGUUGGCGGUGGCGUCUUCCGCUCCCGGGAUAUAGCGUGCUUCACAGUUUCUGAAGCUACUAACGACAAUAGAUAAAUAGUGGAAGGUAGUGUCAGUGCGCAUGUGUCAAAUCAAGACAUUAUUUCAGUAGUGGAGAAUUGCUUGGAUGUGAGCAUGAUAAUAAGUAAAUGAUCAAAGGUACUCUUAAUCAACACUCAAACACCAUUUAGAGACUUAAAUCUGAAAGAAAUGGUUUAUGGGAACUGAAUGCAGGUGGAUUUACGUGAGGAAUUUUAUCCGUUACAGAUUAUCAGCUGGAAGUUUUCAACUUCCUUUUGGUUGGAAGCAGAUACAGAAAAUAUAUUUAGUUUGGAUGUGCUUGAUCUGAGGUAGAAGAGGAGUUGGACUUAGAGAGGGCAGCGAUUAGAUUAGUUUUCUUGUAUUUUUCUGCAAACAGCACACGAUACUGCUUCAAAAGAUGAUGUUUUUGGUGCAAAAAAGGCUCUUUUGCCUUUUCCCAUGUAACAAUUCCUCCAUUUAUCUUUCCUCCUAUCAACUUUGCGGCCUGUUUAACUUUUCCACUGCCAAAUACGGAAGUUCAGAGCAAAGUUCCAACUUUAUAGUGGUCAACCCCCUUCAAUCAUGUGAACUUUCUUCAGAAAAGGCUGCAAAAACAGCCAAGUAUCACGCCUGUUGUAAAAAUUCUUCAAGUCUUUCCACCGAGUUCUUUAAGCAGAACGGUUGGAGCGAUGCACAAGUCAUGAAAGUUACCCAGAAGGCACCCAAGUUGCUGCGUGCUAAGGUAGAGACUACACUGAAGCCCAGGAUGAGAUCUUUGCAGGACAUGGGAUUUUCUGAUACUGAAAUAGUUCAGUUGGUUUCAAAAUGUCCGACUAUACUUUUUCAUAAUAUCCAACCGAAUUUGAACUUCUUGAAGUCACUACUUGGUUCUAAUGAGAGGUUACUGAAAGCCUGCAGUAGGAACCGAUUUCUUCUUACUUCUAGCCUAGCUCGGAAGAUAGAGCCCAAUAUAUCUCUCUUAAGGGAAUGUGGCAUCAGUGAUGAAUGCAUCGCGGGUAUGGUGGUGUUGAAUCCGGGUUUUGUUGUUCGAAAAAACAAAUUUAUUAGGGAAGUUAUCGAUUAUGUUGAGGAGUUGGGUGUGCCACGGGAUUGUGGAAUGUUCCGUCAUGCACUUCAUUCUGUCAUGAACAUGAGCAGAUCUAAGUGUGAUGCUACCUUUGCAACCUUUAAGAGCUUUGGUUGGUCCCAGCCAGACAUCAUUGCCAUACUCAGGAAGAGCCCAUGUGUUUGGAGACUCUCAAAGAAGAACAUAUCUGAGAAAAUGACAUUCCUGACGAAGGAAGCUGGUUGUGAGCUGCAGUAUAUCAUUCGCAAUCCUGGGAUUCUUUCAUAUAGCUUGGAGAAGAGGGUGAGACCACGACAUGAAGUUAUAAAUUUUCUUGAGCAGAAUAAAUUGCUGGAUAAAGGACAUAGCCUUUUAUAUGUCAUGCCACUAACUGAGCAGAAGUUCAUGAACCAAUUUCUAUUCCCGUACAAGGAGAAAUUUACUGCUCUCUAUGAUGCCUAUGUUGCUUCUGUGCAGGGAAAGCACCAUGUUGUCGCUGAAAAUUAGGAUUGCGAGUGCUUCCUCGAGACAAAAGUGUAAACCUAUUGCAUACUGACUGCACUAUUUAAUCAUCUUAAAUUUGUGACAAUUUAUAAUCUUCAGGAGUUUCUUCUGAGUAGAACA